CCGCUCCUAAAACCUCCUUCUCUUUCUGUUGUAACUUUCACCCAUAAAACCCUCUGAAAUUCUCUCAAAACCUUCUUGGAAAAUUACCCGAAAUCAAAAACAAAAGAAGCAAAAGCGCAUUGAUUCAAAACUGAUCAAACUGCGAAGUGAUAGAUAAUCCGAGAGGGAAUCCAGCGCCGAAGAUGAAAUGGAGUGUAGACGAUGACAAGCUUUAUGAGGAUGCGCUAAAAGAGUUCCCGGAAGAGGUUGAGAAUCGCUGGGAAAAGAUCGCCAGUCGGUUGCCGGGGAAGUCGCCGGAAGACGUCAAGGCCCAUUACAAUGCUUUAUUCGUGGAUUCUUUAAUCUCUGUCUUUGAUUUUCCUGAUAACGAAGCGAAAGCGGACUCAAUCAAUAAUCCGAUUGACCACGAUGAGUCAACUGAGACUUCGAUUCACUCCUGUGAGAUUUCUUCCAGGCCGAGUAGUAGAGUUGUCAACGAUGAUGGGCCCCGUUGGACCGAAGAAGAACACAGGUUAUUUUUGAAAGGGCUCAAUGAAUACGGCAAAGGUCAAUUGACUGAGAUCGCAAAAUAUGUUGUCCGGUCAAGAACCCCAACACAGGUAGGUAGUCAUGCUCACAGAUAUUACAAGCGUCUCAACAUCAAUUGUGGAGCAAUAACGCUUCAGCCCAUCAGAGUUCAUCGUCGUGGUCGCUACAACAUGACUGCCACCAACGCUGGUGGUGCAAUAGAGCCCUCGCCCACCAAUCUUCCUGGUCAAGGAGGCAAAAACCCAGCAGACGCCAUCAAUGGUGGUUCAAUGGAGCCCUCGUCUACCAAUUUUUCCAGUCAAGGAGGCAGCAUCUCAAUAGACGCCGUCAAUAAUGGUGCAAUGGAGCCCCCGCCUACAAAUCUUCCCAGUCAAGGCGGCAACAACCCAACGGACGUUGUCAAUAGUGGUGAAAUGGAGCCCUCGCCUACCAAUCUUCCCAAUGAAGGAGGCAACAACCCCGCAGAUGCUGUUACUAGUGGCGAAAAGAAGCCGUCUCCUACCAAUCUUCCCAGUCAAGAAGGUCCCCAUAAUUUCUGAUUUCUGAUGCCGAGAUGAAGCGUAGAGAAAGGUACCUAAUUGUUGCAUGGCCUAGUGCAGUUGCUAUAGGGAUAUUAUUUUGCAUAAAGCUAGUGUAGAUAUAAAUGGUGUGACAAUCCACUGAAAUAUACCAGACUAGACAAGAUUAAGAAAGACACAUGACAAGAAAUUGCCAGCAAUCCUUUCUAAUAAAUGCCCCGUUACCGUGUAUAGAAUGUCAAGUUCAAUCCCAAAUUGCUUGACUGAGAAUCCUAUCAUUAGUGUUUGACGACCAUAUUGGUUGACUGUUCAUUCCAUUUUAUACGAUCGCCCCCUGUUCUUAGUGUCUUUAAUGCAUAGAAUCACAACUCUUAUCUGGUAUUGUAAAUUUGUACCA